AUGGAUGAAGAAAAUUUAGGAAAGCUUUUGAAAUCACUUUCUAAUUGUAAUUAUGUAGAGUUUGUAAAGAUUUUCUCAAUGAUUCAUGGAUUCGAUGCUACUUUUGAAUUUUUGAGAAAUGGUCUCACUACGAUUCCAUUUAUGGCGUUCAAGAGAAAGUUUUGGUGGGGAAACAACAAUGACGAACAAUCAUCAUCGAGCACAAACACAGUGGUAGAAGAGAAACCACAAAAGUUCAAGAGACAAGCAAUUCGUUCCACCUGGGAAGAUGAUGAACAAUCUUGGCUAUCUGGUCCCGGUGCCAAUCCAUCGUAUCCAAGCGGUGGUGGCAUGUCAUACGAUAGUGAUCAUGGAUAUAACAGACGUUCAAAAUAUCAAAGAAGAACAUCUGCACCAUCAUCUUUUAAAACACAAAAACAUUUAAAGUUUUCAGAUUUACCAUAUGAAUUGAUUAUAAAUAUUUUCGGUUAUUUAAAGACAACCGAUUUAUUGAUUGCAUCGUUGGUAUCACAUGAAUGGAGUAGAAUUUGUUUUGUAUCGACGAUAGAGUUGAACAUUGACAAUAGAAAUGACAUUACAGAUCCUAUUAUAUCAAAGAAAAUCUAUAGACACAGUAAUUAUUUGAAAAAGAUAAGAUGUGCUUCACCAGCGUUUGCCGUCACGGUUUCAAUCUUAGCGGAGAGUGUUGGCGUGCGUUCGCUUCACUCUCGCGACUCAGAAACCUCUCGAUGUGCUGCACCGUCAUGUCGGAGAAGUCAAUCAACACCGGACUCAAACAUCUUGGCGAGUGUGCAUCACUCCAAACGCUCUCACUCAUCAACUCCACUCAAAAUUGGAUCUCCAUAA